GAGAAACUACUCCAGUAUUUAGUUUUUAGGUUACACUGAAUUACACUCAAGCCUUCUUUAUAUUCUUAUUUGAUCAUUUGUACUGUACAAUGACAUAAUAGGGAAGUAACUGUAAUAAGUUGUGGUUGGUGAUGUCACUUUCACGUCAGUGGUGAUGCUUUGUCUCUUUUAGUUUAAAUGAAAAUAAUAACCGGCAUCUAUUUUACACAGCCACCACAGGUGAACAGUUGACUCAUCCAACAAAGGCUUAUAAUAAGGACAUAAUUGUAAUAUGAUAAUAUGGUUCAGAUUCUUGGUCUGGGUUUUGCAAUCCAUGUGAUUUUGAAUAAGGCCCUCUUUGGGUCAGCAAGCCACAAUUGUGAGAUCAACAUUUAGAGCUGUAUUCUGAUUGGACUGUUACCAGUGGACAUGGAGGAAGUGGCUCUUUAUAAGAGCAAAACUAGAAACAACAUGUCAUCUUCAGAAGUGUCUUUGUGAGCUGAAAAACUGCCAUCAUUCACAGAGCAGAGCAACAUGUUUUGUAUGCUGUGGAUCAUCUUUCAGACAAUGGCUCUCCUGGUGGCGGCUGGAGGACAGUCUUCAGGUAGUGGUGAGGGUGGUGGUGGUGGUGGCAAUGGAGGAGUUGUGAAUGGAGGCAUUGUCGGUAAUGCCGUUAACCCAGGGGUUAUGAAUGGGCUUGCCUUAAAUGGGCGACCCUUUCUGGCACAGGUAGUACCAGUUGGUGGAUCAUUACUUAUUCAACAAUCGGGUGCACUUGGUCAGGCUGCCAUGCCCCAGCUGGUCCCCAUUGGUGCUCUUCAGCAGGGUGGGGCACUUCCUGUAGAACAGGUUGUACCAUUAUUUGCAGUUCUGCCACAGGCAAAUGGCAUCGGAGGCCCCCAGGCUUCAAUGUUGAUGCAGAUUAUUCCUGUGGGUGGAGGAAUCAACAUCCAGCAGCCAGCUGCUGGAGGGAAGGCAGGCAAAGCUAGAGUCAAGCAUUCUGUCCCUUUCCAUGGAAUGGCCACAUCAACAAGAACAAAUACUCCACUGACGAAGGUGACUACUGGAGAGGUGGAAGAAUCCUCUGGCUCUGACUCACCAGUGAAUGCUGAAGUGAGGCUGAGCAUCUCAAACCUGGACAGCAUUCUAACUCGGGUUGCAAAAUUCUGGUAACUGGGAUGUGUGGAAAGUGGGAAAGUUAACAGAAUUGUGCAACCCAAAAUUAACUAUAUAACCUGUAAUAUCAAAUACCAGAAUCUCGUCAAGCUGCCAAUUCCAGAUGACAAAUGACCUCCACAGGCGGGGGUUCAAUUCCUGGGUGCGCUACUUUAACUUGCUGUGUUGCCUUCUUGUUUGCCUCCCCCCCCUUACUUCAAAAUAUAUCUCUGAAUAAACUUGAUGAAAGAAAAGUGUUAUUCCAGUCUCCUUUGACAAAAACUAAAACUAGAUUAACAGACGGUCUGACUGUAUCUGAACUGUGUGUCCAUAUACAUGUUUUGUAACGGCGUUCCCAAUAUACUGGAAAUGAUGCUAUCACAGCUGAUGUCUUUGAAUACAUUUAUUAAAUGGAUGUCAAUCUU